AUGGCCACCGAGACUGAGACGCUCUCGCUCCCCACGACUACGGCCCCGACCGAUGUCACGGCAGCUACCAUGGCCUGUCUGCACGUCUCAUCACCAGCUCUCCACCAGAGCAGCCACGGACAAACACAGCACAAUGCCACUCACGAUUCUCAUAAGCGCAGGCUCGACGAGGUCGACUCUGUUGACUGGGACACCAACAUCACCCCCGGCCUGCGAUUCCCCGCCGCCGCCGCUUCCCCCAACAAGGCCCAGUGCACCGGCGUCGGUGGUUCAUCAUCACCGCGCUCCCUUGCUGCAUGCAUCACCGACCAACGGCACACCAAAGACGACAACGAUGCCGACGACGAUGGUGUGUCCGACGGCGGAUGCAGCGGCACCUCGGUCGAGGAAUCCUGCAAGCGCGCGUUGCAUCACUUUCCUAGUCCGUCCAUCACUUUUCCAAUGCCGACCCUCGAGUUUGACUUCCGCAUCGCCGUGGGACUGAACCCCGAGCCGUCGCUGGUCGAGAAUCGCGUCAAGAAGGAAAUUACCACAAUCUCCAGAGGGAGCUGGUCGGGCUCCUUUGGGAACGGUCGGGUAAUGGCCGGCGGAUAUGACCUGGGCCAAGCACGAGGAUUCCGACCCAUUCGCAUCGUCGAGGGUGCUUUCGUUCUGCAGACGACCGACGAGCCUCCCGCCGUUCUGGAAAUGCGCACAAGGGGCUCUCUCUCCGGCCCCUGCGACACGCUCGACGCGCUGCUGAGUCCUCGUCAGCCCAAGGACAUCGACGCGCGGCAGUACGGUUUCCGCAUGUUUGCCACAGUCAAGACUCCGGACAAGCGCUACGCCGAGAUCGUCAAUUGUGGCCUGUGGGUCGCCAGCGGAGUCUGGCACGGCGAGGAGCUAAUAAUCGACGCGUAUCGCGUGACCUGA